AUGGACAAUGCCAAAGCCCCCGGCAACACAAUAGUGCUGACGUUUAAAGAAGACACUGCACUGACAGAGAUGAUGCGUCUCCGCGUGUCGUCUCUGCAGCGCUCGGGGCAGAAGCGCCAAGACGGCGAGCGCCUGCUUCUCUCCCACGAGGCCGUGUAUCGGCUGGACUUCCCCACCCAGGAGCUCAACUUCUCCCGCUGGUACUUCUCCCUCGCGGCCUACGGUCGCGUCACCAUCACCGGGAUCUCCCAGCACUGGACGCCCGACCUCACCAACCUGAUGACCCGGCAGCUGCUCGAGCCGAUCGGAACGUUUUGGCGAAACGCCAACGACCCGGAGGAUUCGCCGCUCAAGUGGCUGGAGGCGGACAUGCAGGAGUUCGGCGAAAGGAUUGCCGAGCUGGCCAAAGUCAGGAAGGUCAUGUACUUCCUGUUUGCUUUCAAGGAUGCUGCAGAGGCCGCAAAUCUCAGCUGCUCGGUGGAGUUCACGGCAGAUUAA